UUAUCUUCCUCUCUAAUAUUCCUUUCAUUUCUGGAGCUUCCUCAUAUUAACUCAUCUCUCUCCAUCCAUCUAUGGCAACGGCACUAUCCACUCAACCACAAGACCACCAACAAUCGCCUCCCCCUUCUCCUCCCCUCAAAGUUGACCUCGAGGGACAAACCAAACAAGCCCCCGAGCAAGAGGUGGAGGUCGUCGACUUCUCAAAGCGAGCUCAGUGGCUCCGUGCCGCCGUGCUGGGUGCGAAUGAUGGCCUGCUUUCCACGGCGUCACUCAUGAUGGGUGUCGGUGCUGUCCGCAAAGACUCCAAGACUAUGGUGAUAACCGGGGUGGCGGGGCUGAUUGGCGGAGCCUGCAGCAUGGCCAUCGGGGAGCUCGUAUCCGUGUACUCGCAGUACGACAUCGAGGUCGCCCAGAUCAAGAGAGAGGACAGAAACGGAGCACUAGGAGCUGAAGAAAUAGACGCAAGGAAGGAGAAGCUUCCAAGCCCAUGGCAGGCUGCGGGGGCAUCAGCACUGGCUUUCGCGGUGGGGGCACUUGUUCCGCUCCUAGCGGCGGCGUUUGUAAAGGAGUACAAGGUGAGACUGGCGGUGGUGAUAGCGGCGGUGAGCCUGGCCUUGAUCGGGUUUGGCUGGCUGAGUGCAGUGCUGGGGAAAGCACCGGUGGCGAAGUCGGCUUCUAGGGUGUUGGUUGGAGGGUGGUUGGCCAUGGGCCUCACCUUUGGGUUGACCAAGCUGGUUGGCUCUGCUGGUGUAUAGGAGUUGUGAGCAUCGUAUGUAGUUUUUCCUUGAUGGGUAUUAAUAACCAGCAAUAACAUUAACAUGCUCUAUCUUCUUAGGUCGUAAUGGAUGUAGUCCCUCGCUUGCUUUGCUUGAAGAAAGCUUGAUUCUAGCUAGGGCACAUUAUGAGGCAUCCACGACCAACUUCCCUUUUCCUUUUUUUUUUCCUUUCUUUUAUUUUUCUGUAGCAUCAAGAUGUCUCGUAUAUUUCAUUUCUGAGUUGUGAGAGCUCAAGUUCGUUUUUGGAUCUGUCCAUCUUGAAAAUGCACUGCUGUAGAUCUAUAAGCUAAAGACAGAAGUCUAAGCAAUGUUAUGUGUGAUAAUUACCCUCGA